AUGUCUUGUGUUGUAGAUGAUGAAAAACUGGGCGAUGCAAGUUUUUUAAUAUUUUCUAGAAGCAAAAAUGAACUUGAGAUCUCUAACAGCAGCUUGGAUGAAGUUCUGACAUUUUCUCCAGAUCUGGGACUGUCACCUGUCACCGGAUUGACUGGUAAUAUGGGACAUCUGAAAUGUAAAGACAGGUUAUCUGGCAUCACACCAAGGCGACGAUUAAAGCUGUCCCCUGACUCUCAAAACCCUAGCCCUACCGACACAACUUGUCAGCUUCACCCUGCCAUGGGAACAGCCACAGAGUUUCCAAAUGAGUCAACACCGAAAGUUAGCCCUGAAAUCUGCAGCACAAGUGACUACGCUUUUGAAACAAGAGCCUGGAAAACGAAAAAAAUAAUAAGAAGAAAUAAAGCAAGAGAAAAUGAAAACGUCCUUCAUCAAAAUACGAGAAAGAAAUCAUCUCGCAUGAAGCUUUUAGAACUCUUCCAAAGUCCAGAGUGUAUUGCGAGACCGCAGCCUGCCUGGUUAGAAAAGGGAACACCAGAGCAGCAGGAUGCCAAGAAACAAGACAGCAGUGGAGAUGGGGAUCACAACCUCUCAAUGUGCAUUAGCAGUCCGAAAUGCAAUAUUACCGACAGUGAAGAUGAUGAACUAAUUGGGGAUUUCUCUAAAUGUUACUGUUUGCCAAUUGAAAAUGGAAAGCACCAAGACCUUAAAUAUAUAAACUCUACAACCUUAGCACAGCUUCUCCGGGGAAGUUAUAAGGACAUUGUGCAGAAAUAUUGGGUGGUGGAUUGUCGGUAUCCUUAUGAAUUUGCUGGAGGACAUAUUAAGGGAGCCAAGAAUUUAUUCAGAGAAGAGCACAUUGCAGAAGAGUUUCUGAAGCAUCCAUCUCUUCCCGAAAGCAGAACCGUCUUGGUCUUUCAUUGUGAAUUUUCCUCAGAGAGGGCUCCCAAACUGUGUCGCUUAUUAAGAAACAUGGACAGAAAAGCCAAUGUAUAUCCACUGCUGUAUUACCCUGAACUGUAUGUUUUAAAAGGUGGCUAUAAGGAUUUUUAUGAAACAUUUAAGGUUCUUUGUGAACCACAAGGUUAUGUGAACAUGCUGCACAGGGAUUUCCAGGAUCACCUAAAGCAAUACCAUCGCAAGAAAAACUCAUUUGCACCGCACCGGGUCCGAAAAGAACUUUUCAAACCUCAGUCCACAAACAAAAUCAUGAACCAAGUGAAAUCUCUAAAAUCUUAAAGAAGAUUAAAAAAAUUGCAUUUAAAAGGAAAAGAAAACUGGUCAUGUGAUAAGACCUUUACUAGACUUUUAUAACAGAGAUGCUUCAAGCCAUAUUUUGCUGGAAUAGAAUGUCACCCUUCUAUGAUCUGUUACAAUGACACAGUAUUGCUAUACAGUAUAUGGCUGGGAUACAUUCCUUCACCAUCAUAGACUUUGG